CAUCCAUAUAAAUCAUAUAACUUCCAACCUCACUUUGUCAUUACACUUCAAACGCAAUGGCAACCAUUCAUCUAACUCUAGCUCCUCUCUUCCUCCUCCUCGCUGCCAUCUUCCUCUCCACCGUAGUAACUGCUCAGCCCGCCGCUCCAGCUCCUGGCCCUGCCGGUCCCGUCAACAUCACAGCAGUCCUUGAAAAAGGUGGUCAGUUUGUUACUUUUAUCCGCCUUUUAAACACAACUCAAAUAGGAAACCAAAUCAACAUCCAAGUCAAUAGUUCAACAGAAGGCAUGACCGUAUUCGCACCAACAGACAACGCCUUUCAAAACCUUAAACCCGGAACCCUAAACAAGUUAAGCCCUGACGACCAAGUCAAACUCAUUCUUUACCAUGUUAGUCCCAAGUUCUACACAUUGGAUGAUCUUCUCUCCGUAAGUAACCCCGUGGGAACUCAAGCUACGGGGCGAGACGGUGGAGCGGUUUACGGACUUAACUUCACUGGUCAAGGGAACCAAGUCAACGUAUCAACUGGUGUUAUUGAGACACGUGUCAGUAAUGCAUUGAGAGACGAACGUCCACUUGCGGUUUACGUGGUGGAUAUGGUAUUGUUGCCGGAAGAGAUGUUUGGAAAACACAAGAUCUCACUGGUGGCGCCUGCUCCCAAAUCCAAGUCUCCUGCUGUCUCCGAUGACUCAUCAGAGGACUCAUCUAAGAAAGCGGGGGUUCCGUCCGAGAAGUCUGGCUCCGGUGAGAUGAAGGCUGGAUUUGGCUUUGGUCUUGGACUUGUUCUCUUAUGUUUGAAAUUCAUUGUUUGAUUUUGUUGCUAUAUUUUUUAUUUUAUUGUGUGGGAUCGAUGUGUAAUAAGAAACUUCUGUAUUGGAUAUGAUGCAUCAUGCAUGGCUUGAAAACUGAAAUAAGAUAUUCAUGUGUUAAAUUGUACGUCUAUGAUGAUAUAAAUUUUAGCUGGGACUUGGUCUAAAAUUCGAAAGGCAGUCACUAAUACUCUUUUUAGAAUUUUUCUCACCAAUUUCCAGUUUAAACAAAUGUAUAUUAGUCCGUGGUUGCAAAACGCAAAGACCAGAAACUACAAAAGGAGACAAACAGAAAGAAUCUCAGCUUAGAGGUUUUUUUUUUUUUAAUAUAGUAUGCUUGGAAUUGUUAAUAGACUUUUUAUCAAACUGUCACUGAUUUCUU